AUGCGCUCCUCUUCCAGAACCGGCUGGGUUAGCCAGUACCUAUGCGUCGCACUUCUCUUUCUGAGCCAUAUCUCGCUUGUAGAUGGUGUCCAUCACAUGGCCGUCAAGGCACCUCGCAGGUUGAAUCGACGAAAGUUGGACAUCACCCCAUUGCUGGUCACAAACAACUGCCCGGAAGAUAUCUGGCCGGGAAUCUCGACCCAGACUGGGAACGGACCUGCGACAAAUGGUUUCAAGCUUUCGCCUGGAGAGACCAAGAACCAGACCGUGUCAGAAGAUUGGCAAGGCCGAGUUUGGGGCAGAACAAACUGCAGCUUCAACGAUGAUGGAAGUGGCCCUGCCAAUGGACGAGGGAGAGCCUGCUACUCUGGCGACUGCAAUGGCAUCCUGAAUUGCCAAGUGGGUGGUGACGUACCUGUCUCGCUCGCUGAGUUCACACUGGAUGCAGGAGACGGUCACACCUACUAUGACAUCUCCUUGGUCGACGGCUACAACCUCCCCUUAGCUAUGGUACUCCAGCCUCUUGAGAACGUUACACUCGACGAUAUCCCCCCGAAUCUGACAAAUCCUUCUUGUCAAGGCACCUCCGGCCUCCUAGCACCUCAAGGUUACGAUCCCUAUUCCGAGUAUCCGAACUUCCUCAGGACGAAUACUUCGUACCCUCUGCCUUGGGAAGGUAACGUAGACCAAGACAAAAUUUCUCGGUGGUGCCCCUGGGAUCUACAACAGUCACCUCCCGACAAGCCUGGCGAUGGCGUGUACCCAUAUCCCGACGACAACAUUCAGCGGCCUUCUUUCAAUCCUUGUUUCUCAGCCUGUGCGAAGAACAACAAACCUGAAGACUGCUGCACAGGAGAGUACAACUCGGCCAGCAAGUGUCGACCUGGCGAUUACUCGAAAAACGUCAAGGAAGUUUGUCCGGACGCUUACAGUUUUGCGUUCGAUGACCAGACCUCGACAUUCAUUAUCCCCUCGGGCGCCGGUUUUGAGGUUGUGUUCUGUCCAGGCGCACGCUCGACCAAUAUCCUGGACACAAGCAUGGCCGAGAUGCAACAACUUGCACAGCAGGGGAAGGUCGAUCACCAGAAGGCCAGAAUGAUGAUGGAGAGACGGCAGCAAAUUCUUCAGCCUCUACCCACAACGCAUUCGGUUUCAACAACCCAGCUCGCUCACGGAGACCCCAACCCCGCUCCUGUUAUGAUUGUGUCACCGUCCGCCGGAACAUCGCGUGGUAUGCGAGCAGCUGAUCACUCAAACAACAUGGCAAAAGCUCAAGCAUUGACUGUUCACCGUCUGUCAGAUGGCUGGACAUUCAAGCAAGCAGACGACACUGCUGAGGAUGCCUGGCUUUCGGUCAAGACAGUUCCCACGAAUGUUCACCUGGAUCUGAUUGAGCAUGGAAAAAUCCCGGAUCCGUUCUUGGGCUUCAAUGAAUUGAAGGCAGAAUGGGUCGCAGACAAGGCCUGGACAUACAAGGCCACACUUCCUAAGGUCGAAGAAGCUAAACAUAGCACCGUUCAUUUUCUGGCAUUCGAUGGCCUCGAUACAUUUGCGACUGUCAAGCUUAACGGCAAGGUCAUCCUCGAAAGCGACAACAUGUUCAUCCCGCACCGCGUCGACGUUACGAAGGAGCUCAAGCCGCAAGCGGAAAACAUCCUUGAGAUCGACUUCAAGUCUGCAAGAUUGGAAGCGAUUAAGAUUCGUGAAGCACAUCCGGAGCACACAUGGGUAGGCUUCAAUGGCGAUAUGUCGCGACUCGCAGUCAGGAAAGCGCAGUACCACUGGGGCUGGGAUUGGGGUCCAAUCCUGAACACCUGCGGGCCGUGGCGCGAAGUUCGACUCGAAACGUAUCAAGCUCGUGUGGAGGACGUUCGGGUCGACUACAAGCUAGACGACGGCUUAAAGUCAGUACAGGGCACAAUCUCAGCGGUCGUCGAGGGCUCUUCGGCGAAGAGUGUGACUUUCAAAGUACAAGACGGCAAUAAGCAGGUCUUCAAAGAGACUGCGAACGUUAGCGAUGGCGUGGCGAAGGUCGACUUUCACGUGAACAACCCGAAGUUGUGGUACCCUCACGGCUACGGCCAGCAGCCUCUCUAUAAAGUCACAGCAACAGUAUCGACAGAUGAAGUGGACGUGCAUUCGAUAACACGUCGUACCGGCUUCCGCAAGGGCGAGCUAGUCCAGGAACCUGAUAAGAUUGGAAAGACGUUCUUCUUCCGCAUCAACGGUGUCGAUGUGUUCUGUGGCGGCUCGGACUGGAUUCCAGCAGAUAACUUCACACCGAGGAUUACCGAAGACAAAUACCGCAAGUGGCUGGAGAUGAUGGUGGACGGAUAUCAAGUCAUGAUCAGAGUUUGGGGUGGAGGCAUCUGGGAAGAAGAUAUAUUCUACGAACUCUGCGAUGAGCUUGGUAUUCUGGUCUGGCAGGAUUUUAUGUUUGGCUGCGGCAACUAUCCUGCUUUCCCCGAGAUCCUGAAGUCGAUCAAGGAGGAGUGCAUCUCCAACGUAGCGCGGCUACGACACCAUCCCUCCCUCAUUAUCUAUGCUGGCAACAACGAGGACUACCAAGUGCAGGAGUCGUUUGGAUUGACGUACAAUUACGAGGACAAAGAUCCUGAAAGCUGGCUCAAGACCGACUUCCCUGCCAGAUACAUCUACGAGAAGAUCCUUCCUGAAGCUGUCGCUGCCGAGAGUCCGCACAUUCCAUACCACCCAGGUUCGCCAUGGGGUGACGGACUGAAGACCUCGAACACCACAGUAGGAGAUAUGCACCAAUGGAACGUAUGGCACGGUACACAGGAGAAGUACCAGAUCUUCGACACGCUCGGUGGUCGAUUCAACAGCGAGUUCGGAAUGGAGGCAUUCCCCCAUAUCGACACCAUCAGAUACUACUGCACCGAUCCUACACAGCUGUUCCCUCAAAGUCACAUGUUGGACUUCCACAAUAAAGCAGACGGCCAUGAGCGAAGAAUCGCGACGUACCUUGUGGAGAACUUCCGCACCAAGACAGACCUUGAAGCAUUUAUCCACCUCACCCAGCUAUCUCAGGCUGAAGCUCUGAUGUUCGGUUACCGAGGCUGGAGGCGACAGUGGGGCCAGGAGCGUUUCUGCGGAGGUGCUCUUGUAUGGCAGCUUAACGACUGCUGGCCAGUGACCUCGUGGUCCAUUGUCGACUACUUUCAGCGCAAGAAGCCCGCAUACUAUGCUAUGCGCCGUGUUCUUGCCCCCAUCGCUGUCGCCGUCAAGCGCGCACACUUCGAUUGGAGCGUUGUGCACGCACGAGUGCCGUCGAAGAGCGACUUCGAGCUGUGGGUUGCGUGCCAGAAACAGGAGCAGGUGAAGGCAACGGUUGAGCUGAGGUUCAUCAGUAUCAAGACCGGCAAGGAGAUCAAGGAAAAGAUUGUUAAGAAGGACAUCACCCUUGUCCAGAACGGCACAACAGAUGUGUUGUCAGGCACAAUCGAUAACGUAAACGAGGAGCCUCACGUGCUCGCAGCGCGCAUAUGGGUCGAUGGCGAGGUCGUUUCGAGAGACGUUGAUUGGCCACAGCCACUGAAGUACCUCGACUUCGGGGACCGCGGCCUGGAGGUCGUUCCUCAUGGUAACACAAUCUUGGUGAAGGCUGACAAGCCCACAAAGGGCCUUGUUUUUGAGGAGAGGUCAGGUGUACUUGUUCACGACAGUGCAAUCGAUGUGGUUCCUGGCGAUGAACAAGUCAUCAAAGUGCGAGGGCUGGGUAAACAGGAUAAACCUUUGAAGUGGAGACACCUGGGCAAGGACUGAGUUCAGCUUGCAGUCGAGCAUACAAUGUGAAAGUGCUGCACCUAGAUUCGAAAGCAGCAAUGCCUAUGCAUACAGGAUUUGAGGGGUUC